UUCCUGUCAAUUCUCAGUUUAGUUAGUUUGACUAUUAUACUUGAAAAUCAGCUGAUGAGCCGUAUAGUCAAUGGAAUCUGAAUUUUGUUCUGAAGAACUGAUUUUAUGUUAUCAUGGACCUCUACUGUAUGAAGCUAAAAUUUUAAAAAAAUUUCAAAUUCAAAAUGAAAAAAAGUAUUAUAUACAUUAUAGUGGUUGGAAUAAAAAUUGGGAUGAAUGGGUUAAUGAAGCUCGAAUUUUAAAAUUGAAUCCUGAAAAUAUCCUAAAACAAAAAGAGCUUAAAUUAAAUGUCAUUACCAAAUGUAAGACCAAAAAACAAAGACAAGCUAUUCAUUUAUCUAAAUUAAAAAUAAAAAACAUAUCCAAUGAAGGUCAAAAAACACUGAAACAGCUUGAUAAUAAUUUUAAUUGCCAGAAGGAUACAGAAAGUGAUAAUAAUAAAGAGCCUAAAAGCUUAAAUAUUCAAAUAUCAAUCUGUGAUAAACCCCAAGGGUUGAAGAAUAUAAAAUAUAUCCCAAGAUUAGUGAACAAGAAGAGUUUUAAAGUUUCUAAGAGCUGUAUGAUGAUUAAAAAGAAAGCAAACAACUUUGCUUUGCCGAAAUAUAGCAAUCAUAAUGAAUUCAUACUAAAAACUAGCAAAUUUAAAUCUAUGCCAUCAAGAAGAUACCAAUAUAACAAGAAUCUACAUUUUACUGAUAACAUUGACCCAUCUAUUGCUAUAGAUAAUUUAAGUACAGAUCAAUGUUCUAUAUCUUCGAAUCAAAAGCUUAUACUGAAUAGUGAUACUUCACAAGUAAGAAUUCACAUUCCCGAAAUUUUCAAGCCCGUUCUUUUAGAUGAUUGGGAUUAUGUCACUAGCCAGCAAAUGCUUGUUCGACUACCUUGUGACAAAACAAUUAGCUUAAUAUGCUCCGAAUAUCUCGAUUCAAAAGCUAGAUCAGGUUGGAACGAAAUUAGGUUGAUGUCAGCCCAAGAAUUUGUUGUAGUCUUAAAGAAAUAUUUUAACUUUACCCUUGGUUCCCAAUUAUUGUACAGUUUCGAAAGACCUCAAUAUGCUGAUGUCUUAGAAGAACAUUCGAAUAAUGCCUUAGUAGACGUUUAUGGAUGCGUUCACUUCCUUAGAUUAUUCGUCAACCUGUUCGAAAAACUUAAAGAAUUUCAGUUAUCUCCACAACAAAUCGCGUUCCUAAUUCCAUUCCUGAAAGAUUUAUUUAUAUAUCUCAAUCAAAACUUAUAUAAUUACAUAAGAAUUGAUGACUAUGAAUGUGCACCACCAGAUUAUUAUAGGAAAAUAAUUUAAUUUUUUGGCCUAUCGAAAUUUUCAUAACUAUAUUAGGUGUACGACUAUGUGAUAUUAUACCCUUUAUGUUUCAGAAUGAUUUCUUGAUCACGCUUAUAUUAUCGUAAAUAUAUGAAUCCACAUUUUGAUAUUUAUAAAAUUGAAAAAUGUUGCUUAUUAUUUGUCAAAUUGAUAAUAUGCUAAUUUUAUAUUAUAUAAUCUAUUUAUUUUUAUAUUAUGGUAUUUAAAUUACGAAUUAAUAUAUUGAUAUAAUGGCAAUACUAUCUGUCCGUUAUUUUUUCUCCUUCAGUAU